GCUUUGUUGCUUUCACGUUCUACACUUUACCAUUCUUGCAACAAAGAACAGUCAUUCAUCUUCACAUUCCAUUGUCUUUGCUCUUUAGUCUUUCCCAAGAACAUGGCUGAAUUUGGCUAUGGCAUCGUAGUGAAGGUCCUGGAGCUUCUCGGAUCGGUUACUUUCCAAGAGAUCAGCUCGGCAUGGGGCAUCAAAAGUGAUCUGACAAAGCUUGAGCGCACUAUCAAAGCCAUCAAAGCCGUACUCUUGGAUGUUGAGGAGAAGCAAGCCAGUGACCAUAGGCUGAGUAUUUGGCUAGGGGAGCUCAAAGACGUUCUUAAAGAUGCCGAGAAUGUGCUGGACGAAUUUCAGUACAUAGUUCUGCAGAAGGAAGUCAUGAAGAGAAACGGGAGCACUAGCAAAAAGGUGAGUAAUUUCUUUUCAAGUUCUAAUCCACUUGCAGUCCGUUUUGAAAUGGCACAUAAAAUCAAAAGUAUUAGGAAGAGGGUAGAUGAAAUUUCAGCUGAGAAAGAUAAAUUCAAUCUUGCUCAAGGACUUGAAGAUAGAAAGUUAAAUAUGCAGGAAAGUAGGGACAUGACGCACUCCUUUGUUCCUUCUCAGAAUGUCAUUGGUAGGAAUGAUGACAAAAUACAGAUUAUAGAUCUUUUGAUGCAGCAAGAUGCUGGCAGAAAUGUCAGUGUAAUUCCUAUAGUUGGAAUUGGAGGUUUGGGAAAAACCACACUUGCCAAGUUAGUGUAUAACAAUGAACUGGUAGAAAGACAUUUUCAAUUGAGAAUGUGGGUAUGUGUGUCUGAGGAUUUUAAUGUUACAUGGUUGAUAAAAGAAAUCCUUAAAUCUGCACUUGUUACAAUUGAUGAGAAUUUGAGUCUAGAUCAGUUGCAAAUUCAAUUAAGAGGACUUUUAAAAGAUAAGAAAUUUCUACUUGUCUUGGAUGAUGUUUGGAAUGAAGAUCAUAAAAAAUGGAUUGAGUUGGAAAAUUUGUUGCUUGGUGGUUGUAAUGGAAGUAAACUCUUAGUGACAACACGGAAUAGCUCUGUUGCUACUAUUAUGGGCACUGCUACCACAUACAAUCUAAAAGGUCUACCCAAAGAGGACUGUAUGUCUUUGUUUGUGAAAUUGGCAUUUAAGGUAGGACAAGAAAAUAAAUAUCCAAACCUCUUAAAUAUUGGAAGAGAAAUUGUCAAAAAAUGUAAAGGGGUUCCAUUGGCAGUGAGUACUUUAGCUGGCCUACUUUAUUCAAAAGUUGAUGAACAUGAGUGGAAAUCUAUUAGAGAUAAUGAGAUAUGGAAUUUAGAACAAAAGGAAGGUGAUAUCUUACCCACAUUGAAGCUCAGUUACAAUCAGUUGCCAUUUCACUUAAAGCAAUGCUUUGCAUAUUGUUCUGUUUUUCCAAAAGAUUUUGAAUUCAAAAGCCUUUGCUUGAUUCAAUUUUGGAUGGCAUAUGGAAUUCUUCAAUCACCUAAGGAUGAAAAUGUAGAGUUGGAAGAUGUUGGUGACUUGUAUAUCAAAGAGCUGUUGUCAAGAUCUUUCUUUCAAGAUUUUGGUCAAAGAGACUUUAUGCCCAUUUAUACCUUUAAAAUGCAUGAUUUAGUCCAUGAUCUUGCACUCUCAAUUGCCAGAGGUGAGUGUUCGGUAGUGACCAAGAAGUCUACUCUUGCAGCAGAAGUUUGUCAUCUGUCAUUUUUGGAGAAUGGAUAAAAAGUUACA